UCAGAGACGCAAAUUGAUAAUUAGAAUGGAUAACCCCGGCUAUGUCGUAUACACAGAUGAGAUCGAACUGAAAGAACAAUCCCGAACCGACUCGAACCCCAAAAUCUCCACACAACAACCUCAAACAGACACUUCAAAAUUUUCUUCUUCGACUUCAAAUCAGAACGAUUCGCAAGCUGCUGCAGCAUCAAACGAAUCAAGUGCAACCUCAUCGUCUGCAGUGUGUAAUGAUUGUGGUGAGAGCACAGGUCCUGUAAGAAAGAGGGAGCCGAGACUAAUCUACUGCAGAGAUGGAGUGAUUACAGAGGAUGAAGUUGGAAAGUUAUUUGAUGAGUUUGACGAACCACUCUCAAAGACAGUGAGUAGAUGGACUGAAGGAAUGGUUCCUUCAGAAGAGAGAUGGCCUAAGUGGUUUGCAUUCUACUCCGUCUUCCUGUUUGUUCACGUGAUCAUCGCGUGUGAGUUCCUGGGGGAGAAAUUGGCGAACUUCUUUGGAAUCAUGGACUCCAAGUACACAUAUAUUCUGGACGAUCAUCUCAGGACCAUCCAGCAAAGAAAGGAGAUUGAAAAGUCUCUGGAAAUGGAGCCGGAGAUCACAUUGACUAAUGUGAGAAAAAUAGACUCGAACGAAGUGCAAAAUGAUCAAUGAUUUGUGUCAGACUUUGAAUAAUUAAAAGCUUCUUCCUAACACGUUACUAUCUGAUUCGGAAUAGCUGACUGGCUUGGUUAUAAGGGUUGGUAUACUUAUAAUGAUAUCUACAAGAUAUGGAAAAGUGCAGUUUUUCCUGUUCAAGUUUUCGACAAAUUACGGCCAUCAAAUAAAUUGUUGUCAUUCGUUAUAAGAAGAUAAAGGAAGAAGCUAUUAUGCUUAUGCACAUAUUUUUAGCUUAAUGGAUUGGCAAAAUUUGUAAAUGUGUUGACAUACUAUUUGGCAAGAAAUACUAUGUUCAUUGUUUCAAUGUUAUAUACUCUUAAUUUGUUUCGGAAUUAAAUUUU